AUUAACUAGAAGCCAAUUAAUAGUUCACUUGUUAAUCCUUAAAGAUUUAUAGUCUCUUACUAAUUGCUUUUUUGUUUACUGUUAUUUUUUAUUCUUCUAUUGUUUUUGUUUUGAUUUUUUUUCUCGUUCGUUUUAAGCAAAUUGUUCAACCAAAAUGUCUCAGGAUGAGUUUAUUGAUUUCGAUGUGAUUUCCCCUUAUCAUGGUGGUUCAAGUGAUAAUAGUUUCGCCUCCGGGGUUACUCUGGAACAGCUUCAAGAAGGAACCAUUAUUAAUACACCAGUGAAAGAGGAUGGUGAUGAUAAUGACGAUGAUAUUUGGUGGACCAAAGAUGAACUUCUUAAGCAUUUGGAAGACGGAAGUUCACCGAUGUUUGUUGAUUCCGUUCCUUGGGAUGAAAAGGUCAAUUCAAUGGAACCUUUGAUUGAGAAUCAAGUCUAUAAAAAGAUAAUCAAACCUGGAAUUGGUUCUGGUCUUAGAAGGAAAAACGCUAUUCUUUUCCAUUGUAAUGGUUAUAUCGAAGGUUCCGAUGAACCUUUUGACUCAUCGAUUCUACGUGGAAGGCCAAUUCUUCACCGAUUAGAUCGUCAAGAUCUUUUACCAGGACUUAUGAUCGGUAUUCUAUCUAUGAGGUUACACGAGAAAGCUGAGAUUCUAAUUAAACCUGAUUACGGUUUUGGAGAACUUGGUUGUCCACCCAGAAUUCCAGCUAAUGCGACAAUCAUUUAUAUCGUCGAAAUCAUGAAGAUCUUUGAGGAAGGUUCUCUUGCCGAUUAUGAGCUCAUGACCAACGAAGAAUUGGCUCGAAUUCCGUUUUCGGAGAUAAUACAGAAAUGUAACGAACAACGAAUGUCGGGCAAUUCCUAUUUCUCCGCUGAAAGAUAUCGAGAUGCUGCUCUUCGUUAUACCAAAGCGAUCAAAUUUCUGGAAAAAUAUUUCUUCAAAAACGCCGAGGAACAAAAUUGUGCUAAAGAAAUUCUGUCGAAACUUUAUCCCAAUAUUGCCAAUUCUUUGAUUCGAUUAAGAAAAUUACGACCCGCUAUGGUCUAUUGUCGUAAAGCACUCGAGAUCAACCCCAAUAAUGUGAAAGCUUUGUGUCAGCUUGGUAAAGCCAAAUUCAACAAUGGCGACUACGAUCAGGCCAAAAUUUUCUUCAGCCGAGCUUGUGACCUGAAGCCUGGAGAUUCGUACAUUUCCAAUUAUAUGAUCAAAGUUGAUCGAAAGUUACAGGAAGAAUCAAUGGUCACUCAGGAUCUUUACCGAAAGAUCGGACAAGCUUUUCUUGCUAACAAUUAGUUAAUCAUCUACUUAUAACUCAUAAGUAUUUCGACCACAAUUGCUUCAAAUCUCCAAAAAUUUUGAUAUUUUUCGAUACUUUUUCAUUCACUUUCAUUCAUAAUUCCCAACGACAACAA